ACGGCAGCGCCGCCCGCGCCAGGGAACAGCUCGCGAUGGCUUGUUCCGUGGUGCUCGAGCGCCUCCGCGGCGACGCGACUGUUCACGGUGGAGGCAAACCAUAUGGCUGCGAUUACUGUGGCAAGCAUUUCGGAAAUAAAUAUAUUUUAAGGAAUCACAUAUUAAACACACAUUUGUCGAUCGGACAGAAACCAUUUGCUUGCGAUUUUUGUAGUUCUACGUUUUGUACCGAAUCGCUUGUAACAGAUCACGAGAAGAGCGAACACGGUGUUACAAAUUUCAUGUGUGCUGAAUGUGAGUAUACAACAAGUUCCAAGAAAAGUUUGGAGACUCAUUUAAAGAGUCACUCUUUGGAGAAUAAGUUAAAUUGUAGUCACUGUAGUUACACAAGUUCGUGUAAAAGUGAUUUACACAAACACCAAACAAUACACAUGGCUGGAGAGCCUUUAAAGUGCAGUGACUGCGAUUUCAAAUGCAGUGUCGAAUCAAACCUGAGACGUCACCAGCAGACGCACAACCGGAGGGACCAGAGAAUACUCACUGGAAAACAGCUUUACAAAUGUAGUAAGUCUAGGUCAGUCUUACGAAAACAUGACAGGACACAUACUAGGGCGAAGCCAUUGCAAUGUAGCCAGUGUGAUUAUAAAUGCGCUCAGAAAGGAAACUUAAAAAGACACCAGAGGAUACACACUGGAGAAAAACCUUAUAAAUGUAGUCAUUGCGACUACAAGUGUAGUGUUAGUUCUAAUUUACGAGAUCAUGAAAGGACACACGCUGACGAGAAGCCUUUUCAGUGUAGCCAGUGUGAUUACAAAUGCAUUCAGAAAUCAUAUUUAAAAAAACACGAGAGGAUACAUACAUGCGAGAAGCCUUUUCAGUGUAGCCAGUGUGAUUACAAAUGCAUUCAGAAAUCAUAUUUAAAAAAACACGAGAGGAUACAUAUAUGCGAGAAGCCUUUUCAGUGUUGUCACUGUAAUUAUAAAUGCAGACUGAUAUCACAUUUAAAAAUACACGAGAUGACACACACUGGGGAACAGCCUUACAAAUGCAGACAUUGUGACUACAAGUGCAGUCAGAGUUCAAACUUACGAUACCACGAAAUGACACAUACUGGCGAGAAGCCUUUUCAGUGUAGCCACUGUGAUUAUAAAUGCAGUCGGAAAUCAUAUUUAAAAAUACACCAGAAGACACAUACUGGCGAGAAGCCUUUUCAGUGUAGCCAAUGUAAUUAUAAAUGCAUUCGGAAAUCACAUUUAAAAAUACACCAGAGGACACACACUGGCGAGAAGUCUUUUCAGUGUAGCUACUGUAAUUAUAAAUGCAGGCUGAUAUCACAUUUAAAAAUACACCAGAGGACACACACUGGAGAACAGCCUUACAAAUGCAAACAUUGUGACUACAAGUGCAGUGAUAGUUCUGCCUUACGAAUACAUGAAAGGACACAUACUGGCGAGAAGCUUUUUCAGUGUAGCCAAUGUGUUUACAAAUGUAGUAAUAAAUCAAAUUUAAAAAUACACCAGAUGUCACACACUGGCGAGAAGCCUUUUCAGUGUAGCCACUGUAAUUAUAAAUGCAAGAUUAAAUCACAUUUGAAAACGCACCAGAUGACACAUACUGGCGAGAAACCUUUCCAUUGUACCCAAUGUAAUUAUAAAUGCAUUCGGAAAUCAAAUUUAAAAAUACACCAGAGGACACACACUGGCGAGAAGCCUUUUCAGUGUAGCCAAUGUAAUUAUAAAUGCAGCCUGAAAUCACAUUUAAAAACACACCAGAUGUCACACACUAGCGAGAAGCCUUUUCAAUGUAGUCACUGUAAUUAUAAAUGCAGACUGAAAGCUCAUUUAAAAAUACACGAGAAGAAACACACUGGAGAACAGCCUUACAAAUGCAGACAUUGUGACUACAUUAGCAGUGAUAGUUCAGCCUUACGAAUACAUGAAAGGACACAUACUGCCGAGAAGCCUUUUCAGUGUAGCCACUGUGAUUAUAAAUGCAGUCAGAAAUCAAAUUUAAAAAUACACCAGAUGUCACAUACUGGCGAGAAGCCUUUUCUGUGUAGCCACUGUGAUUAUAAAUGCAGGCAGAUAUCACAUUUAAAAAUACACGAGAGGACGCACACUGGAGAACAGCCUUACACAUGCAGACAUUGUGACUACAAGUGCAGUCAGAGUUCAAACUUACGAUACCACGAAAUGACACAUACUGGGGAGAAGCCUUUUCAGUGUAGACACUGUGAUUAUAAAUGCAGGCUGAAAUCACAUUUAAAAAUACACGAGAGGACACACACUAGGUAAACAGUCAUUGUGAUAAAUCAACCCAACGAUGUCACCAGAAGACGCUUGGGCCAAAGCUUAAAACGCAGCAACAGCGACUACAAGAGCGGCCUGCAGUGCAACAGCACCUGCGAAGACGAUACACACGGGAGAGAAGCCUUAUAGGGAACGGUCGGGUUGGAGGCGAUGCCACAUUUUGACCUAAAUUUGUGUAUUUAAUUAGUUUUAGUUAAGUUUUAAGUUAGGUCAACGCUGAAAAUCAAGGCUAUGCCGUGGGAAUCCGGUUUAGGGUAUUUUUUGUGUAAUAGUUACUCGUAUGUCAUUUGUCGAAUGUUAUACAAAUUGUAUUAAAGGAAUGUAUAAUGUAUUUCUUUUUUUCUUAAAUCGGAAAGUUAAACCUGACAUUGACACUUGACGGCAAUAAGCAGGCGGCUCCUGUGCUGCCCCCUACAGCUCACGCGCGCUCCCGUGUACUAAUGUAAUCAGUGCUAUUAUCACCAGGCAAUUUAAACAUGUUUUAGAAAAAAAAAAUACCUAAAAAUUAAAGUGGUGAAGUAUAUUCUAGUAUAUUAGUGUGGAACGUGUAGUAGUGAGUGAGCGCUGCGAGCGAAGUGGUGAGACAUGUGGCUUCCGAGCCGGGGGUCGUGGGCUCAAACUACAGACACCACCGACUUACUCGGAACUUAUAUAGAUGUUAGAAUUAGAAUUAUUUUAUUCGUAAGCACAAACAAAUGAGACAUUACAUAAGUAAUAUAAAAGAAAAUACAGAAUAAGAUUAAAGUGCCAGGAAAUGGCCUCAUCUCAGCAUGUUGCUGGCGGCUUCGAGCGCUGAUCUUCCGAUGAGACUAUCAAAUGAGAGGAACCACGGAAGGUAACAGACAAGAAGAAAAAAGCAGCUAAGUGCGAGUCAGACUCGCCCAUGAAGGGUUCCGUAGCAGCAAGUAACAAUAAAAUUGCGGUUUACGAUUUAUGACGUAUUAAAAAACUUACUAGAUCUCGUUCAAACUAAUUUUCGGUGGAAGUUUGCAUAGUAAUUAAUGUACAUCAUAUAUUUUUUUUAGUUUUAUCAUUCUCUUAUUUUAGAAGUCACAUUUUACCACUUUGGAAGUGUAUCUCGCGCAAAGUAUUCAGUUUAGAAAAAAAAAAUGAUAUUAGAAACCUCAAUAUCAUUUUUGAAGACCUAUCCAUAAAUAGUAUAAAUACCCCACACGUAUGAGUUUGAUGAAAAAAAAUUCCCAAAAAUUUAUUUAUUUUUUAUUCUAUUUUUGUGUAAAAAUCUUAAUGCGGUUCACAUAAUACAUCUACUUACCAAGUUUCAACAGUAUAGUUCUUAUAGUUUCGGAAAAAAGUGGCUGUGACAUACGGACGGACAGACAGACAUGACGAAUCUAUAAGGGUUCCGUUUUUUGCCAUUUGGCUACGGAACCCUAAAAAGACA